AUGUCUUUUGAUGAACAAGAAUGGAAAGACGUCGUGCCAAUUCCGCAAGACGAUGGUCCUAAUCCAUUAGCACCAAUAAAUUAUGAUCCAGAGUACUCUCGUAUAAUGGAUUAUUUUAGAGCAAUUUCUCGAAAAGAAGAAUAUAGUGAAAGGGCUCUAAAGUAUUAUCGUCAAAAAAUUUUGUUUGCUUUGAAUAGCAAUUUGUAUGAAGAACUGGAAUAUGUUAAAAAUCAAAUACUUGAAAAUCCCAAAAAUUAUCAACUUUGGCAUCAUCGACAUGUAAUUGUUGAAAAACUUGAGGAUCAUUCAUCGGAAAUAUCAUUCAUCGAAGAUGUACAAUGGGUUAUUAAAUCAUUUAAUCUUUGGGACGAGGAAUUUUUAUAUUUGGACACGCUUUUAGAUGAUGAUAUAAGAAAUAAUUCUGCAUGGAAUCAAAGAUACUUUGUUUUAUUUCAUAAUCCUAGAGAACCAUCCGAUGAUUUGAUUUCUCGUGAAAUAAACUAUGCAAUAUCUAAAAUUAAAAUAACACCAAACAAUAUAAGUCCUUGGAAUUAUGUUAAAGGAGUUAUUGCAAAAUCUAAUCAGGAAAUAGACAUUUUAGAAAGUUUGUGUAAAGAACUUAUUGAAAAGGAAAAUAUUUCUCCUCAUGCACUUGGUUGUUUAGUAAAUAUUUAUGAAAGACGUGCAAAACUUGGAUUUGAAAAAGACAAGGAUGAAGGAAUUAAG